AUGAAAACGACUUCGCAUUAUCGUGGUCCAAAACGUGUUCGAAUUCAAACUGGUCAUGAAGCAAGGUUUAUUGAAAAACGAAAUCCAUAUCAAAGUUGUGCGAAAAAAUUCAAAGGAACGCAUAAAAUUCUUCAAAAAGACCGAGCGGGAAAGAUCGCGUGGGAUAAAACACACAGACCAUCAAUUUCUGAAUUGGUAUACCGAUACCUAGAAAAAGAAUCGAAUCGUGAAGUCAUUGAUAUGCAAAAGAAUAAUGCGACCAAACAAUUUCGUAAAUUUCAUCGGCGUAAGUACCUCAAGAAAUUAGCCUCAAAUGUUCGUAAAUCGCCACAUAAAACAAUGAAGAAUGAAUCAUUUAAUUCCAUACCCUGGAAGCCAGAAAUGUUUUCCCAAUGGAAGAAAUGGCCCAAAAAAGGUUAG